ACAGUGACAGGUGGUGAGGCCAGGUGACCAGGUCCUGCCACUGCACCCACCAUGGCGUCCUGGGGCCAGGCACACCUGGGACCCAAGUACGUGGGCCUCUGGGACUUCGAGGCCCGGACAGAGGAGGAGCUGAGCUUCCGGGCAGGGGACCUCUUCCACGUGGCCAGGAAGGAGGAGGAGUGGUGGUGGGCCACACUGCUGGACGAGGCGGGCAUGGCCCUGGCCGAGGGCUACGUGCCCCACAACUACCUGGCCGAGAAGGAGACCGUGGAAUCUGAGCCGUGGUUCUUCGGCCGCAUCUCCCGCUCAGAAGCCUUACACCGACUGCAGGCCGAGGGCAACAAGCCGGGUGCCUUCCUGAUCAGGGUCAGCGAGAAGCCGGGUGUGGACUACGUCCUCUCAGUGCGGGACACGCAGGCUGUGCGGCACUACAAGAUCUGGCGGCGGGCCGGCCGGCUGCACCUCAACCAGGCCGUGUCCUUCCCCAGCCUGCCUGACCUCGUGGACCACCACAAGGCCCAGAGCCUGUCCCACGGCCUGCGGCUGACCGUGCCCUGCUGGAAGCACGAGCCGGAGCCCCUGCCGCAGUGUGACGACUGGGAGCGGCCGCGGGAGGAAUUCACGCUCUGCAGGAGGCUGGGCUCUGGCUACUUCGGGGAGGUCUUCGAAGGGCUCUGGAAGGACCAGGUCCGAGUGGCCAUUAAGGUGAUCGCCCGAGAUGACCUCCUGCACCAGCACACAUUCCAGGCGGAGAUCCAGGCCAUGAAGCAGCUUCGGCACAAGCACAUCCUGGCGCUGUACGCCGUGGCUUCCGUGGGAGAUCCCGUGUACAUCGUCACGGAGCUCAUGCCCAAGGGGAGCCUGCUGGCGCUGCUGCGGGACUCUGACGAGACAGCCCUGCCCGUCUCAGAGCUGGUGGACAUCACAUGGCAGGUGGCCGAGGGAAUGUGCUACCUGGAAUCACAGAAUUACAUCCACCGGGACCUGGCUGCCAGGAACAUCCUCGUGGGGGAAAACCACAUCUGCAAAGUCGGGGACUUCGGGCUGGCCAGGCUCGUCAAGGAGGACAUCUACCUUUCCUAUGACCACAACAUCCCCUACAAGUGGACCGCGCCCGAGGCACUCUCCCGAGGGCAUUACUCCAUCAAAUCUGAUGUGUGGUCCUUCGGGAUUCUCCUCCAUGAGAUCUUCAGCAGGGGUCAGAUGCCCUAUCCAGGCAUGUCCAACCACGAGGCCUUCCUGAGGGUGGAGGCAGGCUACCGCAUGCCCUGCCCCCCCCAGUGCCCUCCCACUGCACACAGGCUGAUGCUCUCCUGCUGGCACAAGGACCCAGAGCAGAGGCCCUCCUUCAAAACCCUGCGGGAGAAGCUCUCCAGCUUCACCAGAUACGAGAAUCCGCUCUGAGUGGCCCUCCCUGCCACUGCCUCCUGGUGAGCAGGGGCCUGGGGCAACAACAUGGACCUCGGAUCAAGGGCCUGGCCUGACCCUCUGAUUCAUGGAUUUGCCUAAAGUGCCAACAGCUCCCAGAGCCAGGCUGUGCAUUCCUUAGGAGAAGAUUCCUUAGUAGGAGUUCCUCGGGCUGUGGGCCUGCCCAGUCCUGGGGUGGGGAAGCACACUCUGUAGUCUGGACUGCAGGGGAAGUCUGCCCCCUCCUCCCACUGGCCCCAAGACACCAGCUCCUGGAAAGCACCUGCCCACCCGGGCCAACUCCAAAUCUGGAGCCCUCCAGGAGCUGGGCUGCCCCUCUCGCAAAGGGAGCGGACCCAUCCCUGGUCCUGACCCGAAGCCCACUAGCUCAGUCAGGACCAGGGCUGAGCCUCCCUGGACCACACAUGGGCGCCACCUGGACUUCGGCUGCACUGGCCCUUUGUUCCCUGGACCCCGCCUGCCCCGUGAUUUCAGGGAGCACAGACUCCCCAACACUCCAUGGAGACGGGUCAUUUGGUGGUGGGGCACCACCACCUGCCACCUGGGUCCAGGCAGCUGUCCCUGGCCUUCUGCCACACCAAGCAGCCGCUGCUGCCAGGGGCUCUGGGGCCUGCUCUAGACCCUGGCCAGAAAGACCGGGUGGGCCUGACUACACUUCGGGGCACCACUCCCCCAGGCCCAUCCAAGGGGAUGGGAAUGAGGGUCUCCCCUACCCGGCCUCAGCACUGACCACUGGCCUCAGGGAGCCUGGGAGAGGCUGUCCACCACCCUGCAGCCUGCUUGGACAUGCUGAAGGCAGUAACGGACAGAGGCUGAAGCCUUUUGGGGUCACAAACUCUGCAGACACCUGGAAUGGAUUCGCUGCUAUUUAUAGCACAGAGCAGGGCCAACUGGCAGGAAGAGGACGGCCCCCUCAGGAUACCUGAGCUCUGCCCACCAACCAGUGGAGGCCACUCCCCUCACUGAACCCCAGACCUCACUCCAAGUCUGUCCCGUCCCCCAAGCUGCCCUCUUCUGGGGCCCUCGCUGACCAACAGACCUGGGUCAAUCUCUGCUGGCCACUGGAGGCAUGUGGCACGGGCAGUCCUCCACCAACACCUGCCGCUGAAGGAGUCCAGCAGAGAAUACACAACCACGCCCGCAGCUCCCUGAGCUGGACUGUGCCCAAAGGCGGGGACUGCCUGUGGCGGGGAGGGCCCUCUGGAGCGCCCCACACUCCUGCCCCUCAGCCCCAGGGUUGGGAGCCCUGACCAGUGAGCCUCACCGCAAGCUAGAGGAAGUGACACCCUUCAGGGAAGGCAGCUGGCAGGCAGUGUGGCCCAAUGCCUGCCCCCCUGAGCUGCCUCACCCAGCUGGGACACAUGGCAUCUGUCGUGUUCCCUCAUCUCCCUCCCUGGUAUCAACUGGGGCCUCAUCAAGGUCCCUCCAGCUGAGGGCUCCUGAAUCCUUACCCAGAGGCCCAGUCUCCAACGGUGGCCACAGGACGCAGGGAUGAAGCCACUUAAAAAACCGUGACCUCAGUGGCUGCCCUUGAGGUUCCCUGUCCAGUUCCUAAACUGCCUGCUCUCCCAUACUCCUCGAAAUAGCAAGGCACCCCAGCCCUUCUCAGGAGCAAGACCCUACACCUGUGAACCUGGGCCAGGCCUCAGACGUGGCCUCCAGCGAGGGGCCCCAGGAAGGCCCAGGAAGCAGAGCCCGCUCCCCACCCCCAGGAAGAAGUGAGAAGGUUGGGUGGGGUUCAGUGACUUCACCCACGGGCCUCGGGGCACACAGCUCACACACACCACCAGGGCUGCUGGCCACUUGGAGUUUAUUUUGCACUUGGGGCAAGGCACACGGUCACUGGGUGUCAGGAAGGCUCUUGUGCGGCUGGGGUGGUAAAGAGCUGGGUUCUCUCAUCUUCCUUUUUGGUGUUUUGCUGUUUCAAUAUAAAGGAACCCAACUGC